ACUACAUUGAAAGUUGAAAAAAUCGGUUGAACUCAUACAGACUCAAGUCGUUUUGCUGUUGUGGAAUUUAAAACAAUUAAAUUGCAAAGGUGGUGAAAUUCGUUUCUAACGAAAAUCAAAAUUUGUCUUUUAACCGGUGGCGCCGUCUGCAAAAUCGACUACCGUCGCGCCGUUAGAACAUUGUCAUUGUUUGCUGGUGUUAGUGCCUUGUCGCGGAAUGUUCACACGUACACCACCUACAAAUAAAAAACUUAACACCGACCAAAUACAAGCAAUUCUAGAGAACGAAAGCGAGGACGAAAGCAGAAAAGAAAAAAUGAACGAAGAAGAUCAAAAGUUGGCGCCUGUAGGAGAAGCAGAGGCAAAGAAGCAGAAUAAAGACGCUAGUGCUAAAGUCGAAGAGAAAUUUGAACAAAUGAUGAAUACUCUAACCCAGAGCAUGUUGGCAAAAUCUAAACAAGAGGGGCAAGUAAUUAUCGCUGCAGAAAAAUUUGAAAAAGUUGUAAGUGACUGUGAUGGCAAAUCAAUUCCUAUUAAAAAAUGGUUUGAAAUUUUUGAGAAAAAUGCCGAGGCAUAUGAACUUUCGGAGAAACAAAAAUAUGUUCAAGCCAGAAGUAAGAUGAUUGGAUCAGCAGAACUUUUCUUAGAAUCUGAAUGUGUCAGUGGAUACACUGAACUCAAAGAGUUACUAAUUGAAGAAUUUUCAGGCAGCUAUAAUAGCGCCGUUAUUCACAAAAAGUUGCAAGACAGGAAGAAGAAGAGGGAGGAAACUCUACACGACUAUUUGUUACAAAUGAAGAAAAUAGCAGCCUUAGGUGAAGUUGAAACAGUUGCUUUGAUAACUCAUAUCGUAAACGGCCUCGACAUUAAAAAGGAGUAUAAGGGUGCUAUGCUCCGUUGUAAAACUCUUAAGGAAUUAAAGCAAGAAUUCGAAAUCUACGAGAGUCUGAAUAUUGUUGACAAGCCGAAUAUUCAACCAAAACCAAAGCAAAUUACACAAGGUGUAAAAGCAGAUCACUGCUUCAACUGUGGUUCGAGGGAACACAAACGAAAGGAUUGUACACUUCCUACCAAAUGUUUCAGCUGUAAUCAAGAGGGCCAUAUCUCAAGCAAGUGUCCGGAAAAAGUAAACAGCAUGCGCAUUCACGUUGAUAGUGCACGAACAAAGCCAGUAAUCAUAAAUGGGAUUAUCAUCAACUGUCUGGUGGACACAGGAUCAGAUGUGACCAUAAUUAAAGAAGCUAUAUUCAAGAAGAUGAAAGAUGUUGAUUUAAACCGCACUGCAACAGUCGAUGCGUUUUCAAAGUUUGUCUGGUUAUUCCCAACCAAAUCAACCGGACAGGAAGAAGUGGUCAAGAGGCUGACCGACUGGUCAAACAUUUUUGGUUUCCCUAAGCGAAUUGUUAGCGACAAAGGAACGGCCUUUACGAGUGGUGCGUUCGAACAAUUUAUGAGCAGCCAUAACGUGGAACACGUCUGCACAACUACUGGAGUGGCCAGAGGCAACGGCCAGAUAGAACGAGUAAAUCGUUUAAUUUUGGCAAUAAUAUCAAAGCUGUCUUCAGACGAACCGUCGAAGUGGUACAAAUAUGUGCCUGAGGUACAAAAGGCGAUCAACUGUCACGUGCAUUCAUCACUGAAGCUGUCACCAUUUGAGGUCAUGUUUGGCACCAAGAUGUACACCCGAGUUGAGGAUCGGUUACUGGAACUGCUCCAAGAAGAAGUGGUCUGUCAAUUCAACGAGGACCGCUAUGAGAUGAGACAGCUGGUAAAACGCAACAUCGAGCAGGCGCAGAAGGACUACAAGCGCAAUUACGACAAAAAGCGCCGAGCUGAAUACAAAUACAAAGCAGGUGAUCUGGUUGCAAUUAAAAGGACCCAAUUUGUAGCUGGCCGCAAGAUGGCAAGCGGGUAUUUAGGUCCAUACGAAGUCACAGGAGUCAAAGACAAUGGCAGAUAUGACGUUAAAAAAGCAGCAAACGUCGAAGGACCCAAUGUCACAUCCACCAGCUGUGACAACAUGAAGUUGUGGAAGUACAUAGCCGAAAAUGCAGACCUAUUGUCAUCCGGGUCGGAUGAUGAGGAUCAGGAGGGCCGAAUGUAACAUGGAGUAAGGCUGAAGGCUGGCAACAACCCGGUUGGCAGCGCUGUUGAGCAGCAACAUGAUUGUCGGAAAUCGAAGUUAUCGACAAUCAGUCAUCGAAGGAACGAUCGCAAGGCAGC